CCAUGAAGGAGAUCAGGUGAGCAUUUGGUUCGUUGAUGGUAUUCAACAAAAUGCCUUCGCACCUGUGGACUCGAUCAAUAAACACUCGACGUCGUUUGUGGAAGGAGAUCAAAAGUAUUCCUUUCGAGAAUAUGCUUGCUUCUAGCGAGUUAUAAAUUAAACUUAUUGUUUAACGUUCUUUUGCACGUCGCAGUUUGUUUUUUGAAAAAAACAUGAAUAAGACUAUAACUUUGGAGCGGCUGAAGCGCAGCAUCCUGAAUGAGGUCCGAAGUGGAGACCAGGAGGGCCGCUGCCUGGCACAGUACAAGCGUGAGAUGGAGCUGCUCCAGCAAGAGAAGAUGAGCCAUGUGGAGGAGCUGCGCCAGAUACACGCCGACAUCAAUGCUAUGGAGACAGUGAUCAAACAGACAGAGGAGAGCAUGACGCGCAAACUGUCGAACGCGUCGCGCCUGCACGAGGACUACCGGCCGCUGAAGACGGAGGUGGACUUGCUGCGGCGGCAGUACCUCGGCCUCGACCGCCUCCCCGACCUGCACGAGGAGGAGGGCAGCCCCAUCACGCCCGAACGGUUCCCGGCGCUGCAGGGCGCGGCGGGCGCGGGCGCGGGUGGGGCGGGGGGCGCGGGCGCGCGCGGGGCGCUGCUGGCGACGCCGCGCAAGCCGCCGCCGCCGCCGCCCGCGUUCAGGUCUGCUCUCGACCAAGAUUUCAUUACCGUCUCGCUGAGACAGCAGCCGCCGCCGAUGAAGUCGUGUCUCUCAUGCCACCAGCAGAUCCAUCGCAACGCGCCCAUCUGCCCGCUGUGUAAGGCCAAGAGUCGCUCCAGGAACCCUAAGAAACCCAAGAAGAAAUAGUUACUUCCGUGCUCUUCAUACUACUAACAUCAUAUCGUGUGGUUUAUCACGAUAAUGGUUUAUUCACACGCAUCAUCGAGGCGAGGACCUAGCGGAGUCGUGACUCGUGGCUGUUACUCUCAGUAUGGUAGAAGCAGCUCGUGGUCCAGUCACUGUCCAGGCUCGCCUCGGGUGUGUGAAUAGACUGAACAUGUUUAUAUCGUGGUGUAUGUUUCCACCAUUUGUAAUAGUCUCAACGUUUACAUCCGCGUCCUUUAGUGUGUAAUGUGUCAGGUUAUUUUAUUUCUGUGAUAAUAUAUUUGUUGUGUGAGUUCUUUAAGUUUUAGCUAUACAUGGCCUUGUAAGGUUCUGCUAGUUUGGCAGUGGCGUAGUGUAGUUCUGACUGGGAGAGGGGGGCACAAAAUAUGUAAGAAUCUUGAAAUUACAUAUCCUCUUCUCCGGUAUCUCAGGCAGGCAAGUAUUGACUCCACUCCGAGUGGCAAGACCCUUCGCCAGGCCGUUGUGGUGCGGACGUUGUGCGAUAUGUUUCAUCGAGAACAGUCACACACACGCACGUCAUCGGAGCUCCGUCGCUGUCAGCGAGUUAUUCAUAUUUGUUAUAGGAUACCGUGCUGAAUUCACUAAACCAUGCUUCAUGGCUAUGAUAGCUAAACCUUUGGCGAGGAAUUAACAUCUACAGGGUGUUGAAUUUUAAUUUAAUUAUGUCUUAACACUUUAUUUCGGUAAUUCAUAUCAAUUGAAGUUUAAUCUAUUAUAUGCUUUAUUAAUUAGUGAUUGUAGUAUUGGACAUUUACACGCCGUACCUUCAACCUAGUCAGUGCCCGAGACUGAUUAGCUCAUCUGAAUAGACCAAGGGGCGUUAAGUUACUGGCAGCCAUCGUUUUAGAAGAAAUGUCUUUACACAAAGCCAAUAAUAUAAUAAUCGAAGCGAACUAUAUGAGUAAAUAAAUAUUUUAGUAUGAUAUGUAUUGCAGUGUGAGCGUUCUGUACAGUUAGGGGUGGUACAGACGGCCGCGUGUAAAUAUCUCCAGGAGAGACUCGCUUCGUUUGUACAUUUUGUAUAUAGACGUGUACUUAAUAUUAGUUAAGACUGUGGACUCAAUUUUAUAGUUACCGAUAGUCACGUGGACUUAUGACCCUUUCACCUUCAAUUUAAGAUGAUCCCUAAUAGCUGUACACACUAUAUUAACGUAACGGCGUAUUUUGGUGAUGCUUAGUUGUAAUUGAUGAGUGUUAGCUAUAAGGAGUCACCUUAAUUUAAGGGGUAAGGGAUAUAAAUUACUUAAAUUUGUACAAAUGGUAAUAUGAUAUCACUGUACAAGAUGUACUAAGCAGUGGUUAUUUGCAAGAAGUCGAUCUACGUCUUUGAAAAUGUAAAUAUCGUAUAAAGCAACACCAAUAUUCGUACAGUUUCAUGUAGUAGUUUACUACACCACGACUACAGUGACGUCACCAUCGUGGUCGUAAUUACAGCCUGACCAGGAUAAAAACAUUGCAAUGCGAAAUAAAAAAAAAAAUUUUCUUGUACACACAACUUUAAAACAACAAAGUAAAGAUGGCGCGUGCAAAGCGGGUUUUUAUUAUUCUUCUUAGGCUAUAAUUAUUUUAACUGGGUGAUAUUGCUUAUUGACAAAAAAAAACAGGUAAACUCUCCCACUGUAAAGAGAUAGACAGUAAUAUUGUUAUAAUACAUGAAUCAAUGGUAGAAUUAUAUUUUGAAUAUAUCACAGUAUUGUGCACCGGCGUGCGGUACAGAGGUGUAUAUCAAAGUAGUCGGAUUAAUGGUCAAAAUUUCAAAUGACAAUGCAAAAUUAUAAUAGGCUAUAUCCGAAUUGUUCAUGGGACAACUCAAUCGGUGUGCUAUCUUUGUCACGCAUAAUUUAAUCAAAGUUAUAAGAUACUGCAUUCCUUUUACUUAGCCGUGACCAGUCAAUGAUUCCUCUUAUGUAGUGAUCAAUGUCCUGGCUCUUGUGGCAUUGAAUACCAGAUUAACCACUUUUUUGUACCAUCGAUAUGUUUCCGUGUGGAAGCGCCCUCUAACGCGUCACCUCGCGUCGCUGUACCGCUCGUCGAGUCCAAUGGAUGUUAGUCGUAAGUAACUAGUGCCAAACUAAGUUCAAUGUACAUAUUAUUAAUAAAUAUUUUCAUUUCUAAGUC